AUGUCUGUAGGGGCAGACGCGGACGAGCUUCUCCGGCAGUAUGUGCAAGAGGCGCUGGCUGCAAAAGCCAGCGGCGGCAGCACCGCGCUCUAUGACCAGCUAGUGAGCGAGGUGAAGCGGCUCAAGGGCGCCUUGCGGGGCGGCGGCGGUGUGGGAGCCGGCGCCGCAGCACCCGACCCCGCCGCAGCAGACCAGCUGACGGCGCUGCUGCGCGUGCUGGGUGCCUGCGUGUCGCUGGUGCACGAGCGCCGGCACGAGCUGCUGCUCAAGGAGCUGCUAGACACGCCGCUGUGGCAGGUCCCGCAGGCGCUGCGCCUGGAGCUGCUGGACUGGGUGGCGCAUGUGGUGGUGGCCAACGGCGCCCUGGUGCAGUCGUGCCUGCAGACGCUGGUGUACAGCCUGCUGCCGCCGCCGGGGCCGCCGCUGCCGGACCCGCACCCGGGCGAGCAGUGGCAGCCGCUGGAGGGGCAGGCGCUCAUACAGGACGAGGUGCUGGGAGCCACGGAGAAGGUGCUGGUGCUGGUGCCCACGGCCGGGUCGCGCCUGCUGCCGCUCGUGGUGGCCAACUUCCCCCACAAGCUGCGGGACCGCAACACGCAGUGCCUGUACCUGCGCGCGGUGUAUGGGCUGGCGGAGGGGCGUGCCGGGGGCGGCAUCCGCGAGGGCCUGCUGUCGGGUGUGCUGGAGCACCUCAUCUCGAUCGAUGUGGAGAUCAGGUGGGCAGGCGGCGUGGAGGGCUGUGGGGCAGGGGCGGUGGGGCGGUGGCAGUGGCAGACAGUGGCCGAGCGAAGGUGGGAGGACAUUGCAGAGGUGCACACGGAGGAGACGCGGGAGGAGGAGGGCGGGCUGCCGCCCGAGGAGGAGCCAGACAUCUUCGAGCUGGAGGGCAUGAGCGAGCUGGAUCUGGGCAACCACGGCGGCAGCAGCGGCGAGGACGGCGCGUCGCCGCGCCCCGCCGCGCGCGGCGGCUGGGAGGGCGGCCACGCCCUCAAGCACCCCGCCGCCGCGGCUGGCGGCGGCGAGGGGGAGGCGGCGGAGAAGCCUCGGGUGGAUGAGACGGCCGACAAGCUGGACAGCAUGAUGGAGCUGACGUUUGCGCACCUGGCGGCGCGGCAGGCCGCGGGGCAGCUGCCCGGGGCCUGGGCCACGCUGCUGGGCGCGUUUGAGCGCUGCGUGCUGCUCACCCACCGCUCCAAGUUCACGCAGUUCCUGCUCUUCUACGCCUGCCGCCAGGCCCCCGAGCCCUGCUGCCGCGCCUUCCUGCACCUCCUCAUCAGCCGCCUGACCGACAAGCAGCAGCCGCCCAUCGCGCGCUCCGCCUGCGCCGCCUACGCCGCAUCCUUCCUGGCCAGGCGCGCGCCUGGCGGGGGCAGGGGGCGGGCCAGCCUGGGGCCAGGCCGGCGUGGGAGUGGUGCUCGUGCCAGCCAGCUUGCGCAUCUGCCGCCGAGGGGUGAAGCGAGGCAGGCCGCCUACUGCCCCGAGGGCCUGGUGGUGGAGAGCCUGCAGCGCAUCGCCGACUGGUGCCUGCGGUACGCCCGGGACGAGGACCGGCGCGGAGGCCUGCCCCCCAUCCCAUCCUCCAGCAGCAUCGCAAUGAUUUCUUCUGACGCCAAAGUGCGGCACGGCGCCUUCCACGCCGCCUGCCAGGCCCUGCUGUACGUUCUGUGCUACCACAUGGAGCCCCUGCUGCGCCCGCCCCGUGCACGCCAGCACAACCACGACGGCGGCGUUGGCGCCGCCGUGGCGCCCGCCGGCAUCGGAGAGCCGGCGGCGGCGGGCGCGGCGGCGGCAGCGGCGGGCGCGGCGGGCAGCUUGGGCGCCAGCGGCGGCACGCCCGCAUCUGUAGACACGCCGACGGGCAUGCGGGCGCAUGAGCGGCGGGACGCCACGCACGCGCAGCGCGAGGCCUGCGCCGAGGCGGUGCGCCAGCUGUUUUCGGGGCCCAUGCCCAAGCUGCUGCAGCACGGCCUGGACCCGCUGAGCAGCUGCGCGCGGUCGGUGGUGGCAGAGUUUGGGCGGCAGGCACGGGUGCAGGGCUUUGACGAGCUGGCCAAGAUUGUGCGGGAGUGGGAGCGGCGGCAUGCGGGUGGCGGCGGCGGCGCCCACGCGCACAAGCCCCCCCACCGCCAGCUGGAGCUCUUCUUCCCCUUUGACCCCUACCUCCUCCGCCGCUCAGCCUCGCACCUGGACCUGGGCGCCACAUACGUGUGGUGGAGGAGGGGCCACCCCGCGGGCGCUGUGCGUGCCGACCUCGAGUCAUCCGACACAGACUCUGACGAGGAGGAGGAGGAGGAGGAGGAGGCGGGGAGCGAGAUGUCGGAGGAGGAGGCGGCCGCGGCGGCUGGGCAGGCGCUGUCGGGCCUGGAUGACAGCAGCAGCAGCAGCAGCAGCAGCAGUGACGACGAUGACAGCAGCAACAGCAGCAGCAGCAGCUCGGGGUACGAGAGCUCCUCCAACUCUGGCGACACUGACGACUUGAAGCGCACCCGCUUUGGCUCCGUGCCCGGCUCCAGCCUGGGGUCCGAUUACCGAGCCCGCAAGCGCCCUCACCUGCCCGGCGCGCUCAAGGCGCCCAUGCUGUUUGGCGGCCCGGCCGGCUCCCCCACCCUUGGCUUUGCCGUGCCGCACCACGGCUCCCUCAGCAGCGGUGGCAGCCCUCCCUACGGCGUCAGCCCCCUGGGCGUGCCGCCCUUUGGCGCGACCAAGCUGCCCGCCUUUGGGGCCACCACCGGGGCGGUCGGCGAGCUGCACCUGGGCCUGUCGAAUGGCCUGCCCUGA